AUGCUCUACCUGGCUGCUCUCCUCGUGCACUGCGUCCCCCUGGCCAUGGGACAGUAUGACAUUUGCAAGUCCUGGGUGACCACGGACGAUGGCCCAUCAUGGGAGUUUUAUGCUUGCCAGCCCAAGGCCAUGAGGAUGAAGGAUUACGUGACCGUGCGGGUGGACCCGGCAGGAAUCACCUGUGGGGACCCUCCGGAGAGGUUCUGCACCCAUGAGAACCCGUACCUGUGCAGCGACGAGUGCGACGCCUCCAACCCCGACCUGGCCCACCCACCCAAGCUGAUGUUCGACAGCGAGGACGAGGGGCUGGCCACGUACUGGCAGAGCGUGACGUGGCGCCGGUACCCGGAGCCGCUGCUGGCCAACAUCACCCUGUCCUGGAACAAGAGCAUCGAGCUGACCGACGACAUCGUGAUCACCUUCGAGUACGGGCGCCCCACCAUCAUGAUGCUGGAGAAGUCGCUGGACAACGGGAGGACUUGGCACCCGUACCAGUAUUAUGCAGAUGACUGUAUGGAGGCCUUCAGCAUGCCAGCACGGAGGGUCCGGGACCUCUCCACCACCAGUGCCAACAGGGUCCUCUGCACGGAGGAGUAUUCCCGCUGGGCGGGCUCCAAAAAGGAGAAGACGGUCCGGUUUGAGGUGCGGGACCGCUUUGCCAUCUUCGCCGGCCCCGACCUCAAGAACAUGGACAACUUGUACACCCGGCUGGAGAGCGCCAAAGGGCUCAAGGACUUCUUCACCGUGACCGACCUGCGCAUGAGGCUGCUGAGACCCGCCCUGGGGGGCACCUACGUGCAGAGGGAGAACUUGUACAAGUACUUCUACGCCGUCUCCAACAUCGAAGUCACCGGCAGGUGUAAAUGCAACCUCCACGCCAACCUGUGCACCUUCAAAGAGGGCAGCCUCCAGUGUGAGUGUGAGCACAACACCACGGGCCAGGACUGUGGCAAGUGCAAGAAGAGCUUUCGCUCCAGGUCCUGGCGAGCAGGGUCCUACCUGCCCCUCCCCAAUGGGUCCCCCAAUGCAUGUGCAGCUGCUGGCUCAGCCUCUGGCACGUACGAGCGACCGCAGCGAGUAAACACCGCAAAAACCACCACCGCAAAAACCACCACCACCACCUCAACCACCACCUCAACCACCACCACAACCACCACAACCACCAGCAGCACCCCAUUACCAGCCACCACCACCCAGCCAGCAAGCAUCAUCAGACCAGCCUCUGAGUUUGCUGCCUCUGUGCCCGUGACAGAAACACAGAAAAAAUCAGACUACCCCGACUUGUCAGCUGCUGCCCCGCUGCAGGUGGGCUCUCCUCCGGCCAAGGCUGGCCCAGGAGCACGAGCAGCACUUGGACAGAAGCCUAAGCCACCAGACCCUCCUGAGAGCAUUCGAGCGGCUCCGAAGAGCAAACCAGGGCGCACAGCACACUCUGCAGGCAAGAAGCACGGGAAAAAAACAGCAACCUCAAAGAGCUCAAAACUCAUCCGGCUCAGACCAAACUCUGGCCCAGUGGCUCCCAUUGAAACAUAUAAAGACUGCGAGUGCUACGGCCACUCCAACCGCUGCAGCUACAUCGACUUCCUGAACGUGGUGACCUGUGUGAGCUGCAAGCACAACACGCGGGGCCAGCACUGCCAGCACUGCCGCCUGGGCUUCUACCGCAACAGCUCUGCUGAGCUGGACGACGAGAAUGUCUGCAUAGAAUGUAACUGCAACCAGAUCGGCUCCAUGCACGACCGCUGCAACGAGACCGGCUACUGUGAGUGCAGGGAAGGUGCCACGGGGCCCAAGUGUGACGACUGCCUGCCCAACUACUACUGGAGACAGGGCUGCUUCCCCAACGUCUGCGAUGACGAGCUCCUGCUCUGCCAGAACGGCGGCACCUGCUACCAGAACCAGCGCUGCAUCUGCCCCGUGGGCUUCAAGGGCGUCCUGUGCCAGCAGUCCAGGUGUGAAGUGGACAAAAAGGACUGUGACGGUGCUCCAGGUGCCGGUGGCAGCCUGGCCACCGUGGCCCUGGGCGUGCUGGCCCUGCAGCUGCGAGGCUGGGUGGAUCUCUGA